ACCACCACCACUACCACCACUAAUGAAUACCGCGAGUACUGCAUUGCUCCGAGUUCGCCACGAAUACACACAUCUUCCCUGACGUCCUCGUUCGACUCAUAACAUCCGCCAUCUCCUCCUCCCUCCAUCCCUUUCCUCCCGCACCCUCCUCUGGUCCUGCCGCAGCGUCUUCGCCAUGCACGCUAUUCAGCAGAAAUGCCGUCCCAAGCACCAGGUCCUAGUUCUCAAGUGCUACCCUCGCACGACCAAGGGCGCCGUCGACGUGAAGCCCAACUCGAGCGAGCUCAGUUACCUUCUCUUCUAUGCCACUUCGCGACGCUCCAAGAUACAGAAGAUUGGUAGCUUUCUUGAGAAGAAGACUGCCUCGGAUGUCUGGCGAUUACGAAUUGGGAAUGUCCAAGUUACCCUCCAGAUCCUCGCCGCCCUCAUAGAGAAGGCCCCCAAAGAUCUCCCCCUUUUUGCGACCCAUGUCCUCAAGAUACUCGAUCUCGUUCUAGACUCCAAGGACAUCACCAUGGCCCAGUCCUCCAUCCCAACCUUUGAAGCCUUCUGCGCCAACCACGACGUCUCCUCGUCCUUCGCCGAUCAGGACUACCUCACCCAAUACGAGUCGGUUGUCCGUCAUUACGCCACCCUCGCCUCCACUCGACAUGUCCCCGCCAGGGACACCGUCAGCAAACCCGUCCAGACGAGGUGGAGGAUGGUUGGUCUCGAGGCCAUCAAGAGCGUGUCUUCGGCAGACCCGCUCGCCUCGGUCGCCGGCCGCCAGCUCAGCGUCAUCGUCCCCAUGAUUCUCGAGAACCUCUGGUGGGAGGACGACGAGUUCCUGCCCGUGUUGCUCUCGCGAGCCGAAAUGAACGAGAAGGUCGACCCCGACACCGGCUUGCACCGCCGUAAGAUGAGUGCUGCCACCACUGUCCGUACCGCCGACCCCCAGGCCGCCGACCCCAACCCCAACCCUCUCGCUCUGGCCGGGACCGCCCUGGAUGUCGACAAGUUGGACGAGGAGGGCGUCGGCGUUCUGGCGCUUCGGGGUCUGAAGCAGAUCUUCGUCGUGCCGAACCAGCCGCAGAUCCACGCCGCCACCCUGGCCAUGCUCAGGUUCAUCCAGGAACGCGUGGCCCAGGGAGAGACCGUGGUGAAGAGAGAUCCCAAGACCGACAAGGACGCCGGCUGGGCCAUCACCCUGUUCGCCAUGGUGGCCCACUGGGCCCCCGUGCAGGACCGUUAUGUCAUUCUCGUCACGGCAAUGGACCACCUCCUGGGCACUCCCGUGACCGAAGGAAACCUGCAGCAGCACAUGGUCCUGGCCGCCAUGAUCAGCUCGCUCCUCCGAUCCGACGUCAACCUGAUCGGCCUGAGCGUCAUGGAUGUCCUCCUGGGUUUCAUCCAGCACAUCAAGAGGGUUCUGCAGCUUCCCGGCGGCGUCGUCCCCACCGAGCUUCUCGACCUCCUUCAGCGGUGCAUUGGCCAUCUUGCCACCCACGUCUACUACGCCGAUCAGAUUUCCGACAUGAUCUCCGCCAUCCUUUUCCGUCUUCGUCCCUCCCGAUCCUCCAGCAGCAGCGCCAAUUCUUCCCCUCGCGGAGAAAAGGCGGACGCGACCCAGAACGACGAUGCCACUACCACUGCUGCCGCCAACGCCGCCGUGAGCAGCCCUCAUGCGAACCUCGACACGUAUCUGACCCUCAGCCUCGGCAAGACGACCGCUCUCAAGGCCAUCAAAUCCAUCUUGCUCGUGGCCAACCCCCAGACCAGGAUCUCGGGCAACGUCAACCUGACCCGGAAUCGUGUCCCCAUCACCGUUUGGGAGGGGACGCACUGGCUGCUGCGGGAUCCCGACGGCCAAGUGCGGAAGGCGUACGUCGACGCGCUGCUCACCUGGCUCGACCGGCAAACUACCGAGGCCGACCUGAGAGUGAGGAGGGACAAGACCUCGCAGCCGUGGUCAGCACAUCCCCGGUCGCCGGCCAAGGCCCUCCGAGAGGGCCUGCUGCAGCAACAGCAACAACAGCAGCCGCCCAGCCCCCCCGGGCGCAGGAUCGCCUCGAACGCUUCCCAGCAGGAGAGGUCGAUGCAGCGGUCUCGGUCUCACUUCCUCCAGCUUCUGCACCUGUGUGCCUACGACAACGCGCUCCAGUACGUCGAUUCCGAGCCUGACUUGGUUCUCCUGCACGUCCUCCUGGCGAAACUCGCCGCCCAGCUCGGCGUUAACGCCGUCCGCCACGGGCUGCCGAUGAUUUUCCGCCUGCAGGAGGACAUCCAGGAGGUGGAGACGCCGCUGCAAAAGGUUCGAAUCGGCUCUCUCUGCCACGGCUAUUUCUGGGCCAUCAUCGAGCGUUUCGAUAUCGAGGCCUCCGUGGCGGGGCGAGCCAUUCAGAACGAGAUCAUCCGGAGGCGGAGCAAGAAUUUCUGGGUCGAGGGCGUACGGCUGCCUCUCCCGGCCCUGAACCUCAUCAACGGACUGGGUAGCCCGGGGUCUCCGUCUCCGUCUCGGCCUCAGGCCCAAUCUCAGCUACCCGUAGACGAGCUCGAGACCGAGGCCCUGCUGCCGUUUGACGACAGGAUAUCGCUGGUGGAGUGCAUCGCCGCGAGCUACGCCGAGAGCGCCGCCUCGCCUCCGAUCAGUCCGGCCGCGUCCCCGGGGCGGUCCUUCAGCCACCCCAUACUGAGCCCGCCACUGGCCUCCGUGUCUGCCGAGCGGCGAGAGGACAGGGAGCUGCCGGAUUCGGUCCGCGAGCUGAUGCUGUCGGAAUGGACUAGGGAUGCCGCGAUCCUCGCCAUCCAAUCGGCGAGCAAGUCGGAAUCCCUUGCGGGUUCCCGCACGACGGCGACCGGGCGCAACCGAGCCGGCGUCAACGGAGGGGGUGUGGCUGGGAAUGGGCACGCAAUGGCAAUGGCCCCUUCGCCACUGGGGAGCCAGCAGAACCUGCAGGGCGCAUUGGCGACUUUCCACAAGACACGUCAGGCCAGCCUCCGCAGCGGGGGGUCCGCGUCCCUGUCGGCUUCGAGUCGCGGCCCCGUGGCCUCGGUGGAGCAGUUGAAGAUGGUCCUCUCUGGACAGCUACCUCGCACUGCAGCCGGGAACACAGCGAUAGGAAUCGGGCGGCGAUCUGGACAUGGGGACGACGGCAGCGAUAGCGGCAGUGAUAGCAUGGUUAGCUUUGAGUACUCGCCGUCGGAGCUCAGUUACAACAACAACAACAACAACAACAACAACAACAACAACAACAACAACAACAACAACAACAACAACAACGCCAACAACGCCACCGCCCCGGGGGCAGCUUCCCCGCGACCCGAGAACGGCGGCGGCGACGAAGCACAACUUCAGAAUCAGCACCUGCGGCGAACCCUGUCGCACGGUCGAAAGGGCGGCCCCCUCAGCUCCAACCCUGCUGUUGCUGCUGCGUACGACGAGUUCCCCCCGUCCCCGCGUGGGAACGGCCUCGAGGCCGUGCCGCCCGUGCCACCGUUGCCGUUGGACAUGAGCACCCUAUCGGGCAAGGUGGGCGGUGAGACUAUGCACCUGGGACGCCCGGCCACGGCACCCCACGGUCUCAAACCGGCGAGGAGGAACCUCAGCAGCCGCAGCGCUGAUGGCAGGUUCCGAGCCCCGUUGCAGGAUGAAUCAUCGCCUGAGACGAUGGACUUGCGGGAUCUCCUACUGGGUAUUGACAGCGGAGCGGGCGAGCAGAGCCUGGGUAAUGUGACGAGACCGCCGUAUUAAUGGAGUGAUACGGGCGAGCGGGCGGGCGGAAUGGUUACCUGUGUUACCUGUAUUACUGGGGAGUUUUGAAAUGGGGGAAGCGAGAUAUUUGAAAGGAUUUCACCGUAACCAUCUAGAGGUAUGGUAAGGAAAUUUUUGAAAGAGGAGGGUCAGCGGGUUGAAGAAUGCUGCUCGGUCCAACUCUUUCUGUACCAACAUCACUAUUAUCAUCGUGGGUCCUCCUGGACUGAACGAAGCGGGGUGUUUUCAUGUCUCUUUGGGGGAUGGGGGACUAUUGGAAAAAGCUGGAUAAUAUAAAACGAGCGAAAUAUAUUCUAUUCACACG